AUGAUACAAUUUGCUAUAUAUCCUGAUAUUGAAGACAUGAAAAAAAUAAAGCAGAUUCAAAAAAUGCAAUUCGAAAUUGAUACAUUAAAAGUGCAAAUUGAUGAGAUAACAGGCAAUGAUGAAGAUUAUAUACCAGAUGAUACAAAUUAG